AUUCAAAAAAUCAAAACGAAAACCAAAGCAGCUGACAAAAGCUCUACCAUUCUGCGAAACAGAGAAACCCAGUUCCUUUUUUAUUUUUUUAUUUUUCUUUUGUUUCUGAGAGACAUAAAAUCAUUUUCCAGAGCGAGACCGAACCCGAAAACCCGAAAUCAAUGGGCAAGGAUCUGAGCGACGAGCAAGUCUCUUCGAUGAAGGAGGCGUUCACGCUCUUCGACACGGACGGUGACGGUCGGAUCGCCCCGUCGGAGCUUGGGAUCCUAAUGCGUUCUCUCGGUGGAAACCCGACCCAAGCCCAGCUUAAAUCCAUCAUCGCCGAGGAGAAUCUCGCCGCUCCGUUCGAUUUCCCUCGGUUUCUGGACCUCAUGGCCAAGCACAUGAAGCCCGAACCCUUCGAUCGCCAGCUUCGCGACGCCUUCAAGGUUCUCGAUAAGGACGCCACCGGCUUCGUCUCCGUAACGGAGCUACGACACAUCCUCACCAGCAUUGGCGAGAAGCUUGAACCGGCCGAGUUCGACGAGUGGAUCCGGGAGGUGGAUGUUGGGUCCGACGGGAAGAUCCGGUACGAGGAUUUCAUUGCCAGAAUGGUCGCCAAGUGAGAAGCUGGUUAUGGAUUCGGUGUGAUUUUGCUGAUAUGUUUUCUGGAAGUAAUUUGGGUAAUCUCUCUGGAAGUAAUUUGGGUAAUCUUUGUUUUUUUUUCCCUUUUUGUUUUUGUUUUUGUUAUUUUUCUUUUCCUGUUUCUGCUUUUGGUGUUCGAGAUUAGGGUUUGUCUGGAUUUUGUUGUGAUGAAUUGAAUUCUUGGAGUAAUGGUAAUUUUGGGGGUUUUAGUGUUCAUAAUGUGUAGCUAUUAAUGGAUUGUUUUAUGGAAAUUGUGGUCCUCAAGAGUACUUUGGAUUCGCUUCUUCUAAAUGUCAAUUUAUUUUGGAUUAGAUUAAAUGUUUAUAUAAGAGCAUAUUAUUGUUCUUUAUGAUAUGAA